GUGGGUGCGAGAGACAAUGAAUUAACUAUAUUUUUUUCUCUGUUGCUAAGGCCAAGAGAGACAGGGCAUAGGGAGGCAGGCAGCUCUGUUAUUUUUUGAGGAGAAAGCUCUCACAACCCACACGAGGGGUUUCAUUUUUCAAAUAAGCCAGGCAAAGCCCAAUGCUCCCAGACUCGCUGUUAUCAGUCUUAAAGUAAGCAAAUCACAGAAGAGAGAGAGAGAGAGAGGAGGAACGUGUAGUUUUCUUCUACUGGAAGCCGUUUCUUUUGUUUCCUUAACCCUUUUGCUCCUUUAUUUAUUUCCCCUGCUGAAUUAUUGAAAGAUCCAAACUUUGAAGAAACUAAUCCUAUCCACGGUGUAGAAAUGAGUUUAUGGCAGCAGAGAUCUGAAGCUCCAAUGCUGUUAUUGUCUUCUCCUCAGUCGCAGCCUUCCUUUUUCACAUCCUCUGUUCCUCCUUUGGAGAGAGAGUUCAUGAGAAGUGAAGAAGGAUGGAGUUUCAGUAACAGCCAUGAUGAUCUGCAAGUGAGUGAUGGGUCCAUGGAGAGCAGAGAUCUGGAAACAAAGCACGCUAAGUUGUGCACUCGUGGCCACUGGAGACCAACUGAAGACACCAAGCUUAAAGAGCUAGUGGAACAGUUCGGCCCCCAGAACUGGAACCUGAUUGCUGAAAAACUAGAAGGAAGAUCAGGAAAGAGCUGUAGGCUUAGAUGGUUCAAUCAGUUGGAUCCGAGAAUAAACAGGAAGGCCUUCACAGCAGAAGAGGAGGAGAGGCUUCUCUCAGUUCAGCAUCAUUACGGCAACAAGUGGUCUCUGAUUGCAAGGUUCUUCCCAGGGAGGACUGAUAAUGCUGUGAAGAAUCAGUGGCAUGUAAUCAUGGCUAGGAAGCAGCGAGAGAACUCCAUUUCAUAUAGAAGGAGAAGGAUCGCUUCUUCCACAUCUUUCAAUCCUUCUAUUCACCUCAGAACACUGGAGCACAAUACAAGCAGCGCAGAAUCCACCAUUACAAGCACCAGAGAAGAGUCUGUCUCCACUGCCACAACCAGGACUGUUCAUGGCUUAGUUCUCUCUCCCCAGCAGAAAAAGGCCAAUUUUUUCAUCAUGGGUGGGAAAUCAAGUGUCGAUCAGAUUGCCUUAUCUGAUUCAACUUCUAAAGCAUCUGCAACAGAAUCAGUGGUAAUCAGGGGAGCAGAGCUUGAGAGAGGGAGGAUUAAUUUACCUUUCUUUGACUUUCUAGGCGUUGGAGCAGCUGAGGAAAAACCUUUAAUGGUUAUUAGAAUGGGCUCGGAAAAGGCAGACUACCAGCAGAAAAUAUGUUUUGAUGGAGACUUCAGUCCAGCCUAUGUGUAAUGCAUAGAGAGAGAGAGAGAGAGAGAAAGAGAGAGGAGUUUGAGUGAAAAUAUUAAGGUAACAAAAGUAGCAACUUUUUGUUCUCGUUGCAACCUCCCCUCAAGAAUGAAAACUUAUAAUGGUAUUUAAGUUCUUAA